AUGGACUCGAAGCACGAUGGGGACGCAAGCUACGGAAAAUCAGCGUUGGAAUGUGUCCACGCUAUUGUGUACGUGGACGGGAGUCCACAAAGGCGCAAAUACAUUGAGUUCGAGAGUCCACCUCGCGACGCGUCGUCGAUUACGAGCCUCCCAGGACUCCCCUGGAAGCAUUUUCUACGCAACCUCAAGGGAGGCACGGUGGAACAAGCUCUGAGCAAGUCUGGUAACCCUCUCUACGACAUUGCUCGAGAGUACGCAGACGUAUCCCCGGAGAAGAUUCCGGCUGAACUUUCUGCUGAUCGUGGUGUUCGGCACGAGAUUGAUCUCGUGCCAGGAUCGAUGUAUUGUGUGAUACGGCUGUGGCCGUUGCCUCGAGACCUAGUCGAGGCUAUUGAUGCAUUCUUUAAAGGUCGUCGCAAGGCCGGGCAUGUGCUUGAGAGUUUCUCACCCCAUUCGAGUCCAACCUUCUGCGUGAAGAAGGCUAUGGGAGUCUGGCGUUUAGUGCAUGCGUUUAACAAGCUAAACGAUGCCACUAUUCCUGCCCGAACGCCUAUCCCCAGGAAAGACAUGGUUCUCAGCUCCAUGUCAGGAAGCGUCAUCUUCAGCGCCAUCGAUCUGACCGAUGGCUUCUACCAGAUCUUGAUGCGACAGAGUGACAUACCACGCACUGCGGUGAGCACUCCGAGUGGUAUGCUAUGGGAGUGGCUGGUGAUGCCACAAGGAUUAACGAACUAUUAA